CACGGUCAUGCGGUGUGAUCAAACAGUCCGCUUCCAGGACGUGACAGCGUGAUGCCGUAGCACUGCAGCCCCAGAGAGGACAGACCCACGGGGAUGGAGAGCCGGGGUUUUCAAGUUUGACUCAGUGUCUCAGAGAGUCUGUCCCCGCAGUGAGUGGCCACCAUGCCGUGCGGCCGCCUGUUGCUUUCCGUCUACAUCGUCACCUUCCUGAUGGGCGUCCCUGCCAACAUCCUGGCAUUCUGCACCUUCUGCCGCAAGGUGCGCCGCAAGGCGACCCCGAUAGACGUCCUCCUCCUCAACCUCACCAUCUCCGACCUCAUUUUCCUCUUUUUCCUGCCGUUUAAAAUGAAGGAGGCCUCGGACGACAUGGCCUGGCUGUUGCCUUUCCCCCUGUGCCCCUUCACUGCUUUCCUGUUCUACGUCACCAUCUACAACAGCACCCUGCUCCUCACAGCCGUGGGCGUGGAGCGUUACCUGGGGGUCGCCUACCCCCUCCGGUACUCCAUGUAUCACAGGCCUCGCUACGCCCUCGUGGCCAGUCUCCUGUUCUGGGUCGUGACCUCUCUCAACCUCAGCAUCGUCUACAUCAUGCCCUACGCCCAGUGGCAAAAGGGUGCAGACGGUGACAACAACAAUGGCAGCAACACGAGCAGCCCCGCCCCACCUCCACCCACCUGCUACCUGGAUUUCACCGAGGACGAGCUCAUGAUCCUCCUGCAAUUCCGCCUGGAGCUCUUCAUCGUUCUCUUCUGCAUCCCCUUCCUCAUCUGCUGCUUCUGCUACGUCAAGUUCAUCCUCAUCCUGUCACGUCUUCCAAACAUUGGCAGGCGGCGGAGGCUGCGUGCCAUAGGCCUGGCGCUUGGCACGCUGAUAGUAUUCGCCGUCUGCUUUGGGCCUUACAACGCCUCCCACGUGGUGGGGUUUGUCCGCGGGGACAGCGAGGAGUGGAGGAACAUAGCGUUGCUCUCCUGCACCUUCAACGCCUGCCUGGAUCCAUUCAUCUUCUACUUCUCCUCUGCGGCCGUCAGGAGCAUGUUGAAUCACUGCUUCGGGAACAUCAGGGCAAAGCUGCACAUUCUGAGGUGUGGAGGGGCUCCCGACUGCCCCCGCCCCAGACCCUCCAAGAGCGGAAAGUACAGGGAGGCAGCCCCUCCUAGAUAGAAGAAGUUAUACACAUGAAUGUGUUUGUGAGGGGGUGCUCUUUUAUUUCACCACCUCAGUUCAAUGUGCAAGUUUAUUUACAGUUAUUUAUCGGCUGCUUUAUCUAAUAAAUUCAGUGGAAUCAGCAGGAGUUGUCUAAAUGUUAAUGUUAACAUGAUGUUCUUGUUUCAUGAAACCCGUCAGAUCUGCAUUAAGGUUUUUUUCCAAAAAAAACCCUCCUACUUCAGUGUACAAAUGACACAGUUAGUUUCAACGAAAUCAUUUAAAGUUGGUUCAUUUUGACAUGACAUAAAAUGAGUGAACUGAAGGGGCUGCAGCCAGCCACCAGGGGGCUCUUCACAUGUUUUUGCUUCAAUUUUGGUGAGCUGUCCUGUCACACCAUUGGCUGAUAGUUAGGUACUGAACUCCCAAGUCAACAUAUCAGUUCCCGUCAAAAGACCUUAAGAUAUGAGCAAUUAUGUUUAGGAGUUCUGGUGAACUUGUAAUUAAUAAAGAUGUAUACAUUUAUUUUAGGGGUUAUAAGAAACAAUUUCUGUGUGAAGUUUUACAGUGUGAGCUCUGUUGCCAGAGACCCGGGGUCAAUGCUGUUAACCACAUGUUCCAAAGUAACUGAAGUGUUGAAAUAAACUGUCCC